GAAGAUGAAUCACAUAAGAGUUCCUGCCCGUUGUGCCCGGAGGAUGCUUAGUAACAACUACGGGCAGGUUCGCACACUCUCUCUCUUCUCUCUAUAUCUGAGUUUCCGAAAACUCUUCAUUGAUCACACAAAAUCUCAAAACACUCUUUCAUUCAUGAACAGAGCUUAUCUCUUCUAGUCUCUCUUUCCUUUUUCUUCCGAGCUAGCUAACAAAAGAAGGGACAUAAUGGAGUGGGAGGAACAAGGUUUGAGGUCGUCCUUGGUGCUUGAUAGCGCUUCGGUGCUAAUGCUCACCGCUUCGGCUCUAACGGCUACUGUGCUUUCCUCUUUGGUAGAGCUCCUCGCUCAGGUCGCUGCCUUGGAGGGUGAUGUUAAAGAGAACGGAGACAAGGUUGUUGAUGCAGAGGAAGGCAAUGGAAACAAUGAAGACGGUGAUAGUGGGGAUGAUGGAGGGGAAGACAAAGAAGAAGAAGGCGGUGAUGCAGAAGAAGUGAAGGAGACUAAGAAAGGAUCUGCAAGUGGUCCUGGUGAGAAUGGUGAAGCUGGAGAUGGUGAUGAUGAUGACGAUGAACCUGAAGGGGGUGACGACAAUGAUGAUGAUGACGACGAAAAUGAGAACAAUGAUGAUGAUGAUGAUGAUGAUGAGGAAGAGGAGGAUGACGAUGGUGGUGAAGAAGAUGAAGAAGAGGUGGAGGAAGAAGAGGAAGAGGAAGAAGAUGAGGAGGAAGAGGCCCUACAGCCACCAAAGAAGAGGAAGAAGUAAACAACCCAACCGCUUUGAUCUUCUAACAUUUUAGAUUCAAAAUAUCAAAAACUUCUUGUGGGUUUUACCUGAAGAGUCUUAAGGCAUCACCAGUUUCUUUAGCUUCUACUGUAAUCUUUGUUGUUCCAUGAAUCAAAAAGACCUUUGUUUACUGUGUACUAUUGCAGCUCCUUGUUCA